AUGGACAGCGCCAGCGCCGCUAGACCCAUGCGCCUGGACGCCGCAGGCUUCUGGCUGGUCUGGCAGCGCUUCGACGCGGAUGAAAAAGGUUACAUAGAAGAGAAGGAGCUUGAUGCUUUCUUUCACCACAUGUUGAUGAAAUUGGGUACUGAUGAUGCCAUCAUGGAAGAAAAUCUGCAGAAGGUGAAACAGCAGUUUAUGGCUGCCCACGCUAUCUCUAAAGAUGGCCGUACACAGAUGAAAGAGCUUGCCAGCAUGUUCUUGUCCGAGGAUGAAAACUUUCUUCUGCUCUUUCGUCGGGAAACUCCCUUGGACAGCAGCGUGGAGUUUAUGCAGAUUUGGCGUAAAUAUGAUGCCGACAGCAGUGGCUUUAUAUCAGCUGCUGAGCUUCGAAAUUUCCUCAGAGAUCUCUUCCUCCACCACAAAAAGGCCAUUUCAGAGGCUAAGCUGGAUGAAUAUACAAGCACCAUGAUGAAGAUCUUUGACAAAAAUAAAGAUGGCCGGUUGGAUCUUAAUGACUUGGCAAGAAUUCUGGCUCUUCAGGAAAACUUCCUUCUCCAAUUUAAAAUGGAUGCUUCCUCCGCUGAAGAAAGAAAGAGAGAUUUUGAGAAAAUCUUUGCCCACUAUGAUGUUAGUAAAACUGGAGCACUAGAAGGCCCAGAGGUGGACGGGUUUGUCAAAGACAUGAUGGAACUUGUCAAGCCCAGCAUCAGUGGUGUAGACCUUGAUAAGUUCCGGGAGAUCCUCUUGCAUCACUGUGAUGUGAAUAAGGAUGGAAAAAUUCAGAAGUCUGAGCUGGCUUUGUGUCUUGGGCUGAAAAUCAGUCCAUAAUUUCCAGAUGGCUUCGCCUUUUGCUCUUGUCAUGUUCCUGUGCUUCUGCUGGUAGAAUUUUGUCCAUGCUCUACUCUUGAGGAUGCAAUAGGCACACAUUCUAACAAAAUGGUGUGUUA